AUGGAGUUGGAUGAAGAGAAAUUAGAAUUGCCAUCAUUAGAUUCCACGUUAUCAGCUUAUUCAUUUAGCAGUCCAAUGGAUAAUAAAGUUCCUUCAAGUUCUUUCCUUGGCUCUAGACAAAAUUCUUUGCAAGGUAUCCCAGAACCAUUGUCGACACCCCCCACUGAAAAGGGUGUUGCUCCAAUGAGUGGUAUCAAACAAAGACUGCUUACUUAUUUAUUUAAGAAAGCUUAUGAUACUGAUGACGG